AUUCGCUUUCAUCAUUCUUGGAGAUUUACAUGGUUGACUAUCUAAUUAAAACCCAGUUGUACAUAUAUAUUUACAUUUCUUCGAAGAAUUAAACGUCUCGGAAACAUGGAACUGUCUGUAGGGUUAAGUGGGACCUUAAUUUUACUGGUUUUUGCCAGCCAGGCAGUCACUGCAGCCCCCAACGAAAUGGGAACGACUCAAAUCCAUUCGUUGUCAGGAAGCCUCCAACUUCCUGAGUUUCUCGCGACACCGAUUUCAUUUUUAUACAAAAUUAAAGUUACUCCCACUGGAUCGAACCAGACUAAUUUGCAGACAAACUCAAUCCCUGGAAACAUAUCGGCGACCAUACGCCCAAAUAAGUUCGCAUCCACCUUGCUUGCAUCCACAUACUUUUUGAGCUAUUUUCCACGCCGGACUUUGGGAAACAUUCACGACAAGUCCAGCAGAAAUUAAAAUACCUGGACGACACACGAAAUGAACAAACCUUAAUGUCGGGCCAUGUCGAAAGUCUUACUUUGCCCCAUGCCACUGAAAUCUCACCCCACCCCGAAAACCCUGUCAUCCCAUCGCUUCGCCUCGAGCCCCAAUAUGUCCCACGAUGGGCGGAAGAUGUAGACGCCACAGUUACGAGAAUCAUCGCUGAGCAAUUUAAUGUCGACGUUGGUGAAGUUAAGGACAACACGUACCUGGCGGACGACCUGGGCGCCGAUUCUAUCGAGCUUGGCACACUUGCAGUGAAGGUUUCGGACCAGAAUGAUUGCAACGUUUCGGAACAAGCCGCCAAAGAUUUCAUAUUGGUUCUUGACGUGAUCAAUUAUGUGAAAAGGAAUUGUUUCAAACCGCUAUCCUAAUGGAAUUCGGUUGCCAAGAUAUUGUAGUGCCGUGCUUAGUCAUGCUUUUUUAAUAAAUUUUGUUUUAAUUAUUUACCGUGAAUGAAAAAAUAAAUAAAUUGGAUGAUACGCCUCGGUAAAUGAUUGAAACACCUGCCAGUUUUUCACU